AUGGCCGACCGCGAUUCUCCAAGGCCGGUGAUAUGGCUGCCCUCUGUUGUUUUGAUGAUGCUCCCAAGAAACGGUUCAGUGGACUCUUCUGUUUCUUUGCAUCCUUGGCUGUAUCCACUGGAGGUCCCGGAACAAGGAAUGGGACAUUUGGUAGGAUGGCGAGAACACUAUCAAUCAAACUCAUCGUCGUCUCGAUUAUUAUAUGUUGCUGUUUGUUGCGAAAUUGGUGGUCAGCAAAAACUGUUUGUGAAGGAUCUGAAUGGACCUGUAGGCAGCGAUCUUAGAAACGUCCAGGUGGGCACUCCGUUACGUCAGCUCAUGCAGUUAGUCCGUCACUUUCAGCAUUGGGCAGCGCCGUUCAUUGGUCUGGUAAAUGGGCUGAAGCGGCACAGUCCGGUCUAG